AUGGCCGCACUGCAGACUUCGCUGCGAGAGCAGCUGUUGAGGCCUGCUCACCUGCUACUCCUCUGGGGCAGCUUCCUGCUUUCGGCAGCGGAAUCUUCGUUUUCUGGCGUUUGGUACCUCGUUGAUGUCAAUUCCGUCGUCUGCCCUGGCUCCCCAGGCUAUGCCGUCAUCAACAUGACAGAGCCCACAGCGCAGACACACAGUCCCCACAUCUUGACCGUCUUCCGAACCACCAAUGCGUCCGUGACGCUUGCCUUCGAGAUCACCGACGCAACGGGAAAAGUGAUCACGGACCAAUCUGCCGGAGUCUCUCUGCAACAAGUGGCUCGACGCCUGGGAGAGGUCACGGAGGAUGUAGAGAAUCUCUGGGAGGAGGCGACAGUCGUCCAGUCAGCUUUGGAGGAGGAGGCGCCGCCACGUCAGCUGAGCGGUCGCAGGAGAAGCUACUCUGGAGGAUACAGCUCCCCGCGCCGGCGGGCUGUCAGCUCCCCGCGACGUCGUGCAUCGUCUCCUUCACCUCCUCCGUCUCCGCCGCCUCCGCCAGCAUCUGCCGGGCCAGUUUCCGGAGCUUCUGCUAGACGUCGAGGCUACACAGAGCCGAUGAGCCAAAGGCGGCGCACAGCCGGCUACGACAACAAGCACUACUCCAACCCCUCGAACCCUGCAGCUGGCAGCUACGGCUAUGCAAGCCAGAGUGCGGCUGCCAGUAACUUCGGCGGCCGGCUGCCUACCAGCACACCGUAUGGCUACACCGGUGCAAACGCUUAUUCUGGUCGAACCGGCAUGGGAAGCGGCAUGCAGAUUGCCCUUGCUGGUGGAGGUGGCCUUCUGGCUGGAAUGGCGCUGAGCAACUUGAUGCAUCAUUCGUGGACCGGGUAUUCUCAACAGCAGAUGCUGAGCAUGCCAUGCUCCUCUGGAUCGUGGUCCGGGCUGUGCAGCACAUGCGUGUCUCUCUAUGGAGCCGACAAGUGUGACAUCAAGAUCUCGCCGAAGAUCGAUGCCACUCGCGAUGACCUCGUGAAUACGGGCUUCAUUCCUGCAGACUUCACGUGGCCCAUACACGUGAAGAUCACAUCGAUCUCCAGCACCGAUUUCGAGCCCAGCUCCAUCUGUCCACCGACCACUCCAGGAGUCAAUUGGACGGCCCCUCCAAUGAAGCAGCUGUUCCUGACACUGACUACCAUGGAGGAGCUCUCCGCCCCGCCUGCUGCAUCCGCUAGCAGCUCUGGCUUUUCCGGCAUGUUUUCGGCAUUGAUUGCUGCUCUUGCCGCUUGCUGCUGUUGCUGCUGCUGCGCUGCUGCAGCCUGGCAGAUGUCGAGGAAGCGCACCGACUGGGAGACCGGGACAUCAUCGGAGUCUGAAUCAGAUGGCUACCCCGCCCCGGGACAGAUGGCCUAUGCCCGCCCGAUGCAACCGCCGGUGCCAGGACAAGGCCCACACCCGUACUGGCAAGGAUCCGCGCCCCAAG